AUGCAACUCGGACUGGAGACCAAUUUGGACGAACUGGGCCAUGCAAUCGAAAAUUGGAAGACAGCCGAUCCCCGUCUUUUUUCUGUUUGUCUGUGUAAACUUGCACAGAAUGGGGCUGGUUAUCCUCCCGACCAGUUAUCUCGGUUGCUUCGUGCUCUAGAGCAUAAAAUGCCAUUGAUCUCUGUGGAUAUGUGUCGGGAGUUGGUGAAGUCUUUCAACGUUCCCACCAGUUGGAUCCAGUUACCCUCACCCAUACUAGAGGAUGUGAUUCGCUUGCUUAUUGGAUUAAGUAUUCAGUUCAGUGAACUGACCGGCGAAGUCUGUGACAUAUGUGCUCAGGUGGUACUCCUACAAACAAAUCCCAACAUACAACAGAUCACAUCUUAUCUGGAUACUUCCGCAGCAUUUGUAUCCGCCCUGCUGACUGCCGCCCCACAUUCCGAAGCAUUACUGGUUCAACAACUUUGCAAUAAAUUCCCCGGAUGGAGAAAACAGAUGCGUGAUAUUUUGCUUGCGUUAUUUGGCAUUCUCCAUAUCAUUUCCGAUUCACAGUCUGCUUCUUACUUUUCCGCAUCCAGCAAAUGUGCGCUGGUCCGUAUCGUGUGUAAACUCAUAGUAGAUUUUAAUCUGAGCCUUGAUGAGUCCUUCCCACAGAAAGAAAACAAAUCAAUCGAACUUUGUUUACCGGGUGAUGUCGAAGACGCGGAGAAACGGCGCAAAUUCAUGCAUGAGAUCCUUGAGACACAGACUGGUGACGAUGGCAAAAUCCUGAGGAAGCUGGAGCUAACGACUUGGCUAAUGAUGGUGUACAUAAAGCCUAUCUGCUUUUCACCCGCUUCAAAGCUUGAUUGGCCUUUGCUCUGCUCUAUUUUCAAAUGCAUGCGAGACUUCUUCUCGCAGUAUGUUCUUCCUGUAAAGUUCUCUUUUCCUUCGCUUGCUCUGCUAUGUUUGUACACAGCCAGCCUCCGUAGAGGUCUGAUGAUCAACUGGACCGAAUCUCUUUGGACCACCAUAAAAGAUGAACAGCAGGAUUGUGAAACACGCAUCUCCGCCCUGGCAUAUCUAACAUGUUUCCUAGCUCACACUCGGGCCUGCAUUUUGGACUUGGUCGUCGAGAUACUACAUGAUAUGGCAGCUUGGUGCAUCGAUUACGUGUACCGUUGUCGCAAUGUGUUGCUGGUCAAUUGUGAACAAUCUUUUGUUACCGCGAACCAAGUUUAUUACGCAGUGUGUGAUUCCCUAUUGUACAUUCUUGUGCAGCUACACGCUACCCUGCUCGAUUCACCUCAUUACCGCAGUAGCUGUAACCGGCUCCCACUGGCCCAAAUCAGGCUUUCUCCGUUACAUCCUUGGCAACACCUGCCUGAUAGCUUGCGCUGGGGGUUUUCACGGGUCGCCUCUGCUUAUCGGUUGUCUUGUGUUCCCAUAGGGUUGGACUUGGUGAACUGGAACAACGAUGACCGGGAAUUCAGUCUGCAGACACUUGAAGCGAUUCAGCCAAGCCGUUUCUUUUGCUUGCCUUUGCUGGAAACUAGCAGUUCAAUUCUUUGUCCGAUCGCCAAAGCACUAUUUCGUACACCUGUCAUAGGCAAAGCUUUCGUGGAAUCCGAGGUUCACCUAUCCGGUGUACAAUUGGGGCAUCUGCAAAAGUCCGUUCCCCAUGUCGGAAUUGAUGUUUCCAAGUUAUCGAGAAUCAUCAACGACGAAUAG